UAUUCGGUGGCGAUCGUGGGGGUCGGGGGCGUGGGUUCGGUGACCGCCGAGAUGCUGACCCGCUGUGGGAUCGGAAAGCUGUUGCUGUUUGACUACGACCGGGUCGAGUUGGCCAACAUGAACCGGCUGUUCUUCCAGCCCCACCAGUCGGGUAUGUCUAAAGUGAUGGCCGCUCACCACACGCUCGCCGCCAUCAACCCGGACGUCCAGUUCGAGACCUAUAACUACAACAUGACGACUGUCGACAACUUCACCGACUUCUUGACGCGCGUCCAGUCGGGAGGAAUCGGCGGACGACCCGUGGAUUUGGUGCUCAGUUGUGUCGACAACUUCGAGGCGCGAAUGGCCAUCAAUACCGCGUGCAAUGAGUUGAGCCAAACGUGGUUCGAGUCGGGCGUCAGCGAGAACGCCGUCUCCGGACACAUACAGUUCCUCACUCCCGGACAGACCGCCUGUUUCGCUUGUGCGCCGCCAUUAGUGGUCGCCUCUAAUAUCGACGAGAAGACGCUGAAGAAGGACGGCGUGUGUGCGGCGAGUCUGCCCACGACUAUGGGUAUUGUCGCCGGUUUUCUCGUGCAAAACGCACUCAAAUAUCUAUUAAAGUUCGGAUCCGUUACCCAUUACUUGGGUUACAACGCGUUGGAGGACUUCUUCCCGACGAUGUCGAUGAAGCCACUAUGGUUCGGAUCCGUUACCCAUUACUUGGGUUACAACGCGUUGGAGGACUUCUUCCCGACGAUGUCGAUGAAGCCGAACCCCAACUGCGACGACAGCUUCUGUAUUAAGAGACAGAAGGAGUUCAACGCUUUGCCAAAGGCUGAGACCGUAGUCGUCGUUGAGGCAGAGGUUGUUCACGAAGACAACGAUUGGGGGAUUAGUGUUGUGGACGAGUCGGCGCCGGUAGAGGAGAACCUUCAGAUCGGUUCGGGACUCAGACUCGCCUACAGUCACGGCAACAGCCAAACAGCCGCCGCCGACAACAUUCCAGCCGACAGUCCGGCCGACGAACAGUCAUUAGAGGAGUUAAUGAGACAAAUGAAACAAUUGUGA